AUGAUUCAACUUCACGUAGAUAUUCUUCAAAAUCUUCAACAAUCGAUAUUUGUCUGUAAUAUUCCAUGUUCAGCUGAUUGUAGUAUUCAAGCUGAUCAAUGUGUUGUCAAAGUUGAAGAACAACAUUGUCAAACCGUGAUACAUUUCAACAAUCUAAUAAUAGAUGUAAACAAAGGUACUGAAAUUGCAUCACCUUCGAUAAAUACAAAUGCAACUGAACAAAAACAAAUUCAUCGAACAUUCAAUAUUCAAGCUGAUCAAUUUGUCAUUGAAGAUGAAGAACAACAUCAUCAAACUAUAAUUCAUUUCAACAAUCUAAUAAUAGAUGCAAAAAAAGGUACUGAAGUUGCAUUACCUGCGACAAAUACAAAUGCAACUGAACAAAGACAAAUUCAUCGAACAUUCAAAUUUCCAUUUCUUCGUCUACCAACCAUAACUGACAACAAACCUUAUGAUUUGAACAAUAUUACAUGUGCUAAGUGUCAAUCACCGUUGAAGAUCAUUCCUGAAAAUCAAACUUUUAAAAUUGUUCAACAGCAAAAUACUAAUGCUGAUGAUAUAAAUGAAGUCAUGUAUUGUCAUCGAUUUUGUGAAGCUCAUCAACAUGAACAUAAACAUAAUCAUCAAUAUCAGCUACCUGUUCCUCUUGAUCUUCAUUCAGAAUUGAUUGUACUUGAAACUAUCGAAUGUUUGACUAUUGCAAAAGAAUACUCAUCUUCAAAUUUAAUUCAUAAUGAACUUAUUCAAUGCAAUCAUUGUUCUUCAUGUCUUGGAUCAUUCGAUAGUCAGAAUAAUCUUCUGUCUUUCAACAAAUGUUCACUUUUACCUUUUUCAAACGACUAUCUAUCAACAUGUUUUCGUCACUGUGAACCAGGUCGAUAUAUAAUUAAAGUACCAAAGUCGAAUGAUUCAAUAUUUCUUGUUUGGAUCUUACCUAAUCAAAUACUAUCUGCUAAUGCAAUUAUCGAUUCAUCAAAGAAUUCUACUCAACUUGAUUUUUAUCGAAUGCGAAAAGUUCUCUUCACUAAUGUCACGUCAUCAGACAAUCAAAUAUUUACUGAAUGGAAACGAGAUUUUUCUGUAACAACUCUUCUUGUUAAUCGUUUCUGUCUUGAUCAUUUAUCAAUAGCAUUUAAACAAGCAAUAGAAAAUUUUCCUAAUGUAUUCAAUAGCAAAGAAUCAUUUCAAUCAGUAACUAUUUUUUGUUAA